AUGGCCGCCCUCCGACCCCAGAACGCCUCGAGGCUGCUGCGCACCGCCGGAUCGGCUAUCCCGCGGGCCUCGCUGCCAUUGACCGCACGCCGAUCCGUCGCAACAUCAGCCACUCCCGCUCUGCCCACCACCGACCAGAACCGGCCAGACUACACCACUCCUAACGACAAGGCGACCUCGACUUUCACCCCCGUCCCCAAGCACAUUCAGGAUGGCAGCGAAGAUACUCCCUACCUCCAGGCUGCCGUGGUUUCCGGCGCGCCCAUAGAGCUUCAGGCCCGCACAGUCCGCAUUUACCAAGAAGCCAAACCCGCCACCCAGUCCGGCGAGUGGAAGGGCCACCAUUGGCGUAUGGACUGGGACAUCCUCCCCAAGGGCCAUCGGUGGGAGAACCCGUUAAUGGGCUGGCAGUCCUCGGCCGAUUUCGUGCAGGGCACCAGGAUCAACUUCAGGACCAAGGAGGACGCUAUCCGUUUCGCCGAGAAACAAGGGUACGAGUACUUCGUGCAGGAACCCCAGAGCCGGAAGUUCACCGCCAAGGCGUACGCCAACAAUUUCCUGUAUUCUCCGAAGAAGCUGAAGCACAUUCGAACCAAGUAGAAGGUUGGAAGAGCACCAGGAGGCAUUUGUAGUUGUAGGGUUAGGAAGAGGGAAGAGGGGAGAAGGAAGAUCCUCUGGUGUACAUAAGAUUGCGAGGAACUUCAGUAACGUUGCCUGACCAACUUCUGUUUGCGAGUGCAAUGUUAAUUAAAUGGUGACCGAAACCAAGCCGUGUCUGAUGAGUACAAGGCCUUCUAACUCUAGAG